AUGCAGGACGAGCCGUACCAGGAGGAGCUAGCUGCAGACCCUGCAGUCGCCUCUGCGGCCACACCAGGGGAGCACCCCAAACCAACCUUCGGUCCUGCUGAUGACAGGUCCCUCAGUUCAAAGAAAAGCUCCUCAAGCAGCCACUUAAGACGCUCCCCCAGAAGGCAUAAGCGAGCCUACUUCGCCGCGGCGCUUGCUGGAUUCGUAGCCGGAUUCUACGCCGUCCAUGUUGGCUGGCUAGAACUGAAGGAACUUAUGGAUGCCAUAGAAAGGGAAGCACAAAAAUAUCACCCACAGCUUUUCUUGCCCGAAGAUGCGCCAAGCCCUAGGCCUCUCCCGCGCCCCCCACGCAAAAAGAAGUCCCCUCAGCAACGGCCGCUGCAGCAACCUGUCCCUCAACAGCCUCCGCAAUACCAGCAGCCAUGGGCGAUCCAGCAACAGCAGCAGCAGCUGCUGCUGCUCUUGCAGCAUCAGCAACAGCAACAGCAACAGCUGCAACAGCAACAGCAACAGCAGCAGCAGCAGCAACAAGUGCUCCAGCAAUCACAUGACGAGCCGCAGAAACAAGAUCCUCAAGAUGGUCCAGCUGCAGAUCUAGGCGGCGAAGCAGCUGCCUUGACAGAAGAGGCAGUUGUGAGCAUUGUUGACGAUAUGCAUUCCUCUGUUUCGGCAUUUGUAACGAAGUUGAAAAGCAUAAGUGGGGUGGCAAGGAGCCAUUUCGCGUCAAAAUACAUUUUUAUUCCGGAUGGCUCUCAGAAAGAGGUGACCGUCUUUGAACAUUUUGCGCGGCUUAUUAAUAGUGUGCGGGCAGUAGCGCCUCCUCCAGGUGCCGGUCCCAAGUUGGUAACGGCGCACAAGUACCGAGUCGCCUUCCUUUUGGCGCUGCUAGACGCCGCCUCGGAGCGCCUCGGAGGCGUCGAGCAUCGUUUGGGAAUUAUGAAGAAUUUCGGCAGCAUCAGCUCUCCGCUGUCGGGAGCAGUGGAGGCUUCGCAGCAAGCUACACAAGAUGUUGAGCAGGUCUCCCAGGAUACGCAGUUGCCUACCGGGCCAGAAAUGGCGGAGCAGAAGGAGUCGAGAGUCUCGGGACGAGAGGACGAAGAUGAAGCACAUCUAUCAUACUUCUUGGAGAGAAUCAGCAGGCAUGUAGGGGGCAUGGGAAAACAUAUCGAUGCUGCGAAGAAGAAGGAAGCGAAGAAAAAGAAGAAAAAGAAGAAAAAGCACAGGGACGUCACAAUUGCUGAGGCGGAACUCUUGGCGGACUUCCUUUGUGCCACCCAAGACCAAAUGCUAGAGGACAAGAAGUUGUUCAGUAGCCUGGUGAUGAAGUUUAAGGAGAAGGCUGGGCUGACGAAGGAGCUGAAGGAAUGUGGGGGUGCGGAGAAGGCCGUUGACGGCCAGUCGAGGUACAAGGUGACAGGAGCCAGCGGCGUAGCUUGGCACUUGGCUCGUCGAGCGCAGACGGACGCGGAUUCGGUGCUGCUGGAAUUUGGACGCUUCCUCAUCGACUUGGGGGCGGAUCUUUGCACUGAAAGGACGUGCAACCACCACCACCCGGCUUAUGCAACUCAGCUGGAAGAUAGUUGGACAGGGGAGAAGGUGGCAACCUUGUUGGGCGACAUCACCAUAGAAGAACAGCAGGGACAGGAAAAGGCACAAGAGAAAAAACUGUCCGCACUGCGCACUACGGAAGAUGUGCUGGACCAGUGCUCUUCGAAGGCUGGACGCGUUGACGUCCAGCUUAUGCAGGCGGCCAUCGCACUUUUGUAG